GGCCCGGCGGGUCCCGGGCCCGCCCGCUGCAGGCUCCGCGCUUCCCCCGCCGCCAAGCAUGGCCGACUACCUGAUCAGCGGGGGCACGGGCUACGUCCCCGAGGACGGCCUCACGGCCCAGCAACUCUUUGCCAUCGCCGACGGCCUCACCUACAACGACUUCCUGAUCCUACCAGGCUUCAUCGAUUUCACAGCGGACGAAGUGGACCUGACCUCAGCGCUGACCCGCAAGAUCACCCUGAAGACGCCGCUCAUCUCGUCGCCCAUGGACACCGUCACUGAGUCGGACAUGGCGAUCGCCAUGGCGCUGAUGGGCGGCAUCGGGAUCAUCCACCACAACUGCACCCCGGAGUUCCAGGCCAACGAGGUGCGCAAGGUCAAGAAAUUCGAGCAGGGCUUCAUCACGGACCCGGUGGUGAUGAGCCCCACGCACAACGUGGGAGACGUCUUCGAGGCCAAGCUGCGGCACGGCUUCUCGGGGAUCCCCGUCACCGAGACGGGCAAGAUGGGCAGCAAGCUGGUGGGCAUCGUCACCUCGCGGGACAUCGACUUCCUCACCGAGAAGGACUACGCCACCUACCUCAGCGAGGUGAUGACGAAGCGAAACGACUUGGUGGUGGCGCCCGCCGGGGUCACCCUGAAGGAGGCCAACGAGAUCCUGCAGCGCAGCAAGAAAGGGAAGCUGCCCAUCGUGAACGACAGCGACGAGCUGGUGGCCAUCAUCGCCCGCACGGACCUGAAGAAGAACCGCGACUACCCGCUGGCCUCCAAGGACUCGCGCAAGCAGCUGCUGUGUGGGGCGGCCAUCGGCACCCGCGAGGACGACAAGUACCGGCUCGACCUGCUCACACAGGCCGGCGUCGACGUGGUGGUGCUGGACUCCUCCCAGGGCAAUUCCGUGUAUCAGAUCGGCAUGAUCCAUUACAUCAAGCAGAAAUACCCUGAGCUGCAGGUGAUCGGUGGGAAUGGAUCCACAGUGGUGACAGCGGCGCAGGCCAAGAACCUGAUUGACGCGGGGGUGGACGGCCUGCGCGUGGGCAUGGGCUGCGGCUCCAUCUGCAUCACGCAGGAAGUGAUGGCGUGCGGCAGGCCCCAGGGCACGGCGGUGUACAAGGUGGCGGAGUACGCCCGCAGGUUCGGCGUGCCCGUGAUCGCUGAUGGCGGCAUCCAGACCGUGGGGCAUGUGGUGAAGGCGCUGUCUCUAGGAGCCUCUACGGUGAUGAUGGGCUCUCUGCUGGCGGCCACCACGGAGGCUCCGGGCGAGUAUUUCUUCUCGGACGGCGUGAGGCUGAAGAAGUAUCGGGGGAUGGGCUCGCUCGACGCCAUGGAGAAGAACAUCAGCAGUCAGAAGCGAUACUUCAGCGAAGGGGAUAAGGUGAAGGUGGCGCAGGGCGUCUCCGGCUCCAUCCAGGACAAGGGCUCCAUCCAGAAGUUCGUCCCGUACCUGAUCGCGGGCAUUCAGCACGGCUGCCAGGACAUCGGGGCCAGGAGCCUCUCCAUCCUCCGCUCCAUGAUGUACUCGGGCGAGCUGAAGUUCGAGAAGAGGACCAUGUCGGCCCAGAUCGAAGGCGGCGUCCACGGCCUCCACUCUUACGAGAAGCGGCUAUACUGACGACGGGCUCCGAAGCAGCAGUCAGCGCACAGCUCCCAACGUCCCUGCCCCGGUCGCCGCCCGCCGCGUGUAGCCCAGCCAUCCCCUCCCGGCGCCGGGACAGCGCUCCAGCCAUGCCGCGCAGGGACGGAUUUGCACUACGGCCGAGAGCGUCUCGCCUUUGGCCAGGACCUGGCCCGGACUGGACUGCACCCAGGUCUCCCCAGCGCCUGGGGCAAGGCCCUGGGAACCAGCCCCCCCUGGACUGGGCAGAACAGAGAGCAGGGGCUGGAAAGAGCUCGGGGGGGCCCCCACUGCCGGGGGGGCAGGAGCGUUUCAGCACUUAGCACUGAGCAGUGCCCCCUGCUCCCGCCUGCUGCAUCUUCAUGGGCAGCCAGGGCCUGGCUGGAGCCUGCAUCCCCCCACACUCCACCUCCCCUCCGCUAGACCCCACCGCUGCUGCCCUCCAUGGACGCGGCUCCCCCGCCCACCGGUGCUAGUGCUGCAGGGGGGCACAGGCCGGAGGGGCCGGCCCUGCAGCGGGGCAGUGACGGGAGCCGCAGGGAUCCUGCUGACAGCCCGGCCUGGCUCCGGACCAGGAGCCCCUGGGCUUGAAGGCAUUUUAUAAACUUGUACAGAGGCUGAGCCUUGCCUCGGCUAUUAACCCUCUGAUGCCCAGGGGCUGUCUUACCCUGCCCCCAAGGCUGUUUGUUAGUAGGGUCUCUCCAACCUGGACCGAGCCACCUCCCCUCCGGUCCUGGCCUGAAGCUGCCUGGACUUCUCCCUCUCUGCAGAGCCCCCCGGGGUGUCAGCCCGCUGCACGCCUGGGCCCCUGCAGCCUGCCCCGCCGCAGGGGCACGUCCCUCUGGGGCAGCAGCUGCUCUGGGGUUAGGCAGGAGUGACCCCCAAAGCUGGAAUGGGGGCCUGGCCACCCCUCUGCAGCGCAGCCCAGUACUGCAGCCCGCCUCAGGCUCUGCGGGGCUGGGCAGCUUCACUCUGUUUCUGCCCAAUGAGUUUAAAUCUCCUUUUUCUGUCACUGCAGCUACUGGCGAGUCCCGGCCUGUCCCCUUGCAGCACCGACCCCCCUACUCGGCGGAAGGCUUUAACUUUGCACAUUGGGGUCCAGUGUUUGUAAUUGUGUAUUGAAAAAUAAUAAAGUAAUGCAGCAUCGG